CAAGUUCCACAUGUUAAACUGCAUAUCCAGCUUAUCUCAGCUGAUAAAGCCCAGGCUGUGCGUGUACACAGGAGUAUAAAAUUGGAGAGCUGCCGAUCUCAAAUCCCAUGAACAACUGACAAGCAAGGACAGCAGUUUGGUAAGGACAAGUUGCAGCUAUGAGAGGUUGGACCAUAAGCCUUGUGCUACUGUUCCUCACAGGAACACAGGCUCGCUACUUCUGGCAGCACGAUGAGCCCCAAAGUCCGGUCAACCAUGUCCGGGAGAUGAUAGAGGGCUACAUACACAAAAUCCGAGACAUCGGUAAAGAAGCUGUGUCACAGGUGGACACCUCCGAUAUCGGGAAACAGCUUGAUUUGAAAAUUGCAGAGAAGUUUGAUAGUCUCAGCGUCAAUGCUCUGUCCCUGAAAAAACAAUUGAACCCAUACUUUGAUAAAUUACGAGAGCAGGUGGCUGCAGAAGUUGAGAAGGACAUCCCUCUUAUCAAAGAAAAGGUCCGUCCACUGGUGGAAAACUUUCAGAAUAGAUGGGCUCAGGAGGUGAAACGUUUUAGAGAGAAAGUGGAACCUUAUGGAGAAGAGCUGAAGAAACAAACCAAGGAAAACCUACAGACCUUCUACAAGAACAUCCAGCCCCUGGGUGAGGAGGUUAGAGAGAGGCUGCGUGCUGAGGUUGACUCCCUUCGUGCCAAUUUGGCUCCAUAUGGUGAGGAGCUGAGACAACAUGUGACCGCAAAGCUGGAAGAAGCCAAGGCCAGUUAUGCUUCCAGGGCAGAUGAAUACAGAGUUCAGUUCGCUCAGAAUAUUGAAACCCUGAAAGAGAAAUUGGCGCCUGUAGUUGAGAACCUGAAGGAACAGCUCUUGCCACGAGCAGAAGAAGCUAAAGCUAAACUGGCUAAACUCUUUGAGGCAUGGAAGGCCAGGGCCAGCCAGGCAUAGUGACAUCCUCCUCAUGACUGUGUGAUGACAUGGUGCUACAUAUAUCUUCUUCUUUGCCACUAUAUUACCUUCUUAUUCUGCUACCCGAAGCAUGAUGUUGGCUAAAGAAGGGCAAAAUAAGAUGUUGCUAAAGUCUAAAUCUUUUUUCCAAGCUGCAUUAAUAUUGUCAAUAUGGCGUAAUUAUGUGACGUGUGAUAUAUUGUUUACAUAUUAUAAACCGAUUACCUCCACUCCAAAGCCAUGUCCCUUUCAUCUCCCACAUUGGUCUUAAAUAAAAUGCAUUCAACAAA